GCAUUUGAGGCCCUUCCUAAGGUCCGAGGAGGCAUUCCCUUUUGCAAAGUUUUUGCAAAGACUGCCUCCAAUUCCUGGUUAACAUCCCUGCCUAUCAUCCUUCUAGCAAAUCACCCACCUGCUGAGCAGCUAGACCCUGCUCACAGUCUUGCAGUGACCAUUCUUCAGUGUGUGAAGACAGACAGCAUCCAGAAUCGAACUGCUCGUGCACUGGGGAACUUAGCCAUAGAACCCGAGAGCUGUGGGGACAUCCACUCUGCAGGUGCUGUUCCCUUACUCGUUGAGAGUCUGACAGCCUGCCAGGACUCACAAUGCCUGCAGAGUGUGGUGCGUGCCCUCCGCAACCUGGCAGACUCCCCCCAGCACCGCCUGGCCCUGGCACAGCAAGGAGCCAUCCGCCCACUGGCUGAACUCCUGGCUGCUGCUCCGGAUCCUGCCCUGACCUGGGGCCUGGUCCGCGCCCUCUUGGAACUCAGCCGAGGUUGUUCACGGGCCUGUGCCGAGCAGCUCAGCCUGGGUGGAGGACUGGGUCCCCUUGUCAACCUGGCUUCUCAUCCCAAACGGGCAAUACGUGAGGCAGCGAUCUUGAUCCUUGCCAACCUGUGUGCCCAGGGCCUAGUACGGCCUGCUUUGGGCAAUGCCGGUGGGGUGGAGGUGUUACUUGGUGAACUCCGACGGCGCCGGAGCCCUACUGGGGCCAAUCCAGCUUCCCAGCAGCCUUUGGUGCGAGCUGUAUGUCUCCUGUGUCGGGAGGCCAUCAACCGGGCCCGGCUGCGGGAUGCUGGAGGUUUAGAGCUGCUGAUGGGUCUGCUGCGGGACCCUCGUGCCAGCGCCUGGCAUCCACGCGUUGUGGCCGCCCUUGUGGGCUUCCUUUACGACACUGGGGCCCUAGGCAGGCUGCAGGCUCUGGGACUUGUACCUCUUUUGGCUGGACAGCUGUGUGGUGAGGGUGGAGAUGAGGAAGAAGAAGGGAGAGAAGCAGCUUCCUGGGACUUUCCUGAGGAACGGACGCCUGAGCGGGCAGAGGCAGGAAGCUUCCUCAGCCUCAG